GCCAACGUCAUCAGUCUCGACGAUGACUUCAAGGCUCCCUCGAACAUUUCCCCAAAACGUGCAGUCAUCGCUGGCCGGCGCGCGGCUAAAUGUCGAAACCGAGCCGUUGUUUAUAUUUUGAGGCGUUUAAAAAGAACCUCAUAAGCGAUACCAUUUUGUUCCCUUUUUGUGUUAAAUUCCCAUAUUGGUUUCCGUAACUUUUCCAUUUACGAUAGUCUUUGAACCCAGCACCAGUGGGAAUUUAGCAGCUGUCACGUUUUUAUUUUGCUUUUUGUAGGCUGCGUGGGUAACGGCACGUACUUUGAUUACUUCAUAUCUAUAACGAGGAGACGUGAUCGCAAUGGCCCGCGGGCAUCAGAAGAUCCAGGCGCAGCAGAAGAACGCCAAGAAGCAAGCGGAGAUGAAGAAGGCCAAGGGGCACGACCAGAAGACGGCAGCCAAGGCGGCGCUCGUCUUCACCUGCGCCGUGUGCAGGUCCCAGAUGCCUGACCCCAAAACCUUCAAGCAGCACUUCGAGAGCAAGCAUCCCAAAUCCCCUCUGCCUCCCGAGCUGGAGGGUGUGGAGGCGUGAAAAAAAAUCUCCGCCACCGUUUUCCCCCUCAUCUCACAUGGAUGACGACUUCCUUGAUGCCCCUCUCGUACCACCUCAGUACUCUUCUUGGUCCAAUUUUUUUCGCCUUCAACAAUAAGAGUGACAUCGCCAAAUGCGAAGGUGAAGUUUUUGAUCUCCCCCACCCCCGUGACAAAUGAAGACAUCCCGAUGUGUCGUGCACAUGGAAUGAUUUGCCAUGCUGAGCCAUCGUUACUUAUGUGACAAACUUUUUUUCUUUUUCUGUAACGCUGCUCUUGAUCCAGGGUUUGACCUGGUUUUGGUAGUGGGGCUAGCAUGUGAUCUUUAGUUGUAAUCAGGGCGACAAUUGUUAUGAUUUAUGUUCGUCGUAAGAGGGGUCGUAUUCCUCACGCGUCGUCGUUAACACUGUAUCGGUUUCACCUCGCUAAUCCUCAACGUUGGCUCGUCACUAACCGGCCUGGCUGCUACUUAAAAAUAAAAAUAAUGCAAAGAUUACACAAUUUACAGGAAAGUGUCAGGAACUGGAAUGUAUAAUCACUGAUGUAUUAUAGCGUUUUAUUAAAUUU